UGGAAGAAGGAUUUUUUCUGUCGUUUUCAUCUUCCUGUCGCAGUGUAUAAUCAUCGAGUUGGUGUAUGAGCAGAGGUUUAGCUGUAAAUGUAUCUCCAUUGAAGACAUCAUGAACGGACCAAGAAACCAAGACAAUUCUGAGGAUGAAAAUUUAUUUGGCAUAAACAAAACUACAUACUGGGAAUUAUACGGUGUAAAACGUUUUCCGUACCGUGGAAAGCGUAAGUUUACACCAUUACUUUACCAAUCUUUCGAAGGGGGAAUGGUGAUAUCAAAUGACGUUUUUGGACUAACAAUCAGUCAAUUUGAACGGAUGUAUAAAGCUUGUUUAGAAAGAAGGAAAACCAAGGAACAGUGGAUACUUAACCUUAGAUAUCCUGACAAAUCUUCAAAUGAAUAUCUAGAAUACUUACAGGAUUGUACAGACUGCAAUAUCGGUCAACUGCUUUGUUACGAAAAUAGUCCGAAAGAGAAAUGUUUGUAUGAACAACUAGUACAAAUAGUCGGUACUGAAAUAGAUAUACGAAAUCGACAGCGACUAUUUAUCAUAAACGAUAGGAUCUUCAACUCAGCAUGUGUCUUUGAUCGUACACAAAUAUCAAGUGGGAGUCUGGCUGAAGGUCUUGAUUUACCAGGCAGUGACAUGGAUAUUAUGUACGUAGUCAAUAGCAUAGAAAUAAUACAGAAUGAAGAGAACAUCAAUAAUCCGAAACGUCGUAGUAUGUAUGUUAUGGAAAUAGAUAUUGAUCAUCCUGGAUUUGCAAAACUCAGACAGGUAACAUCACAUAAUGACUUAUCCCCCCAUGAACAAUGUGGCCGUUGUCCACCAGGUACGUGUACCGGUACACAAUUGUAUCUUCUAGUAAAACCCUUACUAAAUUUUGUUAAGCAACAGUAUUCAGGCAUGAAUCCAUGUGAACAUGGUCCAUGUAUAUCAGACCAGGACCAAACGACAGAUAUUGCAUUCUGUAUACGGAGUAAAUAUUUUCCUCACAACGCAAUUCCAUGGGCAUCUCGUCAUCGAUUGCAAUGGCCGACGAACUUUGUUAUUGACAUGAUCAUGAAAAACGGAUGCUUGUUAGUUCCUAUAGGACCUAAGAUAUUAUCAGAUAAUGAAUUAUUGUGGAGAAUAUCUUUCUCUGUGGCAGAAAAAAUACUUGUACAUUCGUUUAAUUUUACUCAAUUCUUAUGUUACAGUCUACUUAAAUUAACAUUAAAGUGUAUCGUAGACACAAAUAGUGAUGUAAGAGAGCUAUUGUGUUCAUACUUUCUGAAGACGGCUGUAUUUUGGGUCGCAGAGGAGUUGGAUAUUGAUACAUUUCAACUACCGAAAUUGUAUUACUGCUUUUCUCUCUGUCUUGAUAAAUUAAUGUCAUGGGUAAAAACAUGCUACUGUCCGAACUAUUUUAUACCUAAACAAAACAUGUUCAUAGGAAAGAUCAAUAAGAGAAACAAAAAUAUUCUACUUGGUGUACUUGAGAGUAUCAAAUUUGGAGGGAUUGAUGCUUUGGUAAAUAGUUUAUUUCAAUCUGACAAUUCCCGUUUAGCAAGUGCAAAUAGUGAAUUUCCAUCCAUUAUGUUAGACUUCCUUUUUUACAGGAUAAAGCCAUUGUAUUUCGUUUCAAAUUGGAAAUCAAGGAUUGAAUGUACUAAAUAUCUGUUAAAGUCUGAAUCAUCUCCAUUUAUUAUUGAUGUAUGUACACAUCAUAAUGCCGAACUCAGUAAAUUUGUUGCACAACUACUGCCAUCACCAAACGCAAAAGGCAACACGUGCAACAUACGCAAAUGCUACCAUAGACAUUUACAAAACGGUACCAAUACUGAUGCUGUAUCAGGUUGGUUGUUAUACGCAUCAUUUUAUUAUGUAACAGGACAGUUUAAUAUUUCACUAAAACUAACGGAUUAUGUUCUAUCAAGAUGUUCACCUGAUAUGAAGGCGAAAGAGGAUAACAACUGUGAAGUACACAGAAAUUGUUACAGAAAAAAUAUACAUGCUUCUAUGAAUCUUAAUCGCAGGAUUAAAACGGCUACAAUAGCUAAUGUCCAAUACAUUCCGAACUCAUCAUUAAUUCCAGAAGAACUACAGCUGGAGGUUGAAACGGAAAUAUUAAUCAUACCGCCUGUUGUAAUGUCCCACUGUCUUAAUGUUCUAUGCUAUCAUCAUCUUGGUGAUAUAUACAACAGACAGAAAUCUUUACGUGUUUUAUAUCUAACAGUGUUAAAUAGAUAUUGUAUUUCUCAAAGAGAUAUAUCUGCGUCGAUAACACUACUUGGAGUGUGCUAUGAGAUUUCCGGUGAUAAAGAAUUGGCCUAUCAGUGCUAUGAGGAAGCUCUACGAAGUGGUUGCCAUAUUUGUAGUUCAGCAGAAAAAAGAAAAUCAAAACUUGAAAGCAAUUAA